UUCGGUGACUGCGCGCGCUGGUGACGAGAGUGGGAGGGUAUCCACUACGUUUUCGGCCACCCUAGACUAUAUACAGGACAACCCCAAAGCUGCCGACAGCUACGACUGGCGAUGAGUCUCAGCAAUUGUAAAGACGUGAACUGAGCUUCUAUUUUCUUCUGCUUGAGCGGUGACUGAAGUGAAUGGGGAGCAACACCAACGAAAUCACAUUUUUCUGUUAUUUCGUCUCUGCCUUGGACCGCUUUUUCGUACAAAUGCCGCUUCUUGCCACGGCGCUUAGACCUUGACUCAAGUGGCGGUUUAACAUUGGUUCUGUCGCUAAAGACUGUCGUGCGCACCCGAGGUCGGUGAAGGUGGGAGAAGGCUUCAUGAUGAAGUUCAAACCGAAUCAGACCCGAACAUACGACGGCGAGGGCUUCAAGAAACGGGCCGCAUGCCUCUGCUUCAAGAACGAGCGCGAGGACGAGGUGCUUCUGGUGAGCAGCAGUCGGCACCCCGACCAGUGGAUCGUCCCCGGGGGAGGCAUGGAGCCUGAGGAGGAUCCCUGCGGUGCAGCGGUGCGGGAAGUCUUCGAAGAGGCUGGAGUUAAAGGCAAGCUGGGUCGGUUGCUGGGGGUUUUCGAACAGAACCAAGACCGCAAGAACCGGACGUAUGUCUAUGUACUCACUGUGACUGAGACGCUUGAAGACUGGGAGGAUUCAGUUAACAUUGGCCGCAAGAGGGAGUGGUUCACGGUGGAGGAGGCCAUCAAGGUACUGCAGAGUCACAAGCCGGUACACGCCGAGUACCUGCGGCGGCUACGCCUCAACCGCUCGCCCGGCUCCAACAACGGCAACUCGCCACUCCUCUCCCCCCUCCCCCCCACCAGCGACAACAACAUCCCUCCGCGCUACAACAACCCCCCGCAGGCCUCUGUACUUGGCACCUCCUGCAGAUAGGGACUGCAUACUGUACUGCGGCAGGAACUCAAAAACACUGACUUCCACCUUCCCCCCAACCCCCACCUCCCUCCACCUCUUCCUAACCUUAGCUCAACCUCAAACAAAAACCUGCAACCGACCUUCUCUUCCUCUGCUGUCAAAGGUGUACCUGACUGUGCACCAAACCCUGUUUGGAGUGGACCAUCCUCCUCACAGACUAAAAUGAUGACAAAAAAAAGAUAUCUGUACAGUCCUGGAGCCGAUGCAAAAAAAAUAUAAACAAAACCACCACCUGACCUGACUCACCUUUUUGCUGCAAGAUUGCAUGAAUCCCACGAGACGAGGUCACCGUCAAGUUGUCAGUCACCAUGGUGUCGUGUCUCCACCACACCUCAGCUCACUGCUCCCCUACCUGUGUCAUCUACCCUGACGUGACGCAUGUAUGUACUGGAUGUAGAAACUAAAGCCAUAAGUGUGUGGCACUGUGCUGUAGAGGAGUUUAAGGGGUCGGUGGUUGAAGGAUGCCUUAAAAAAAAAGAGUUUCCCCUCCUUCGAGAGCGGUCUUAAGGGGUCAGUGCUCCUGACAUGAUGAAUGUUGGUAGAGAAAUGGAUAUGUAUUUGGCUGCGAAGUGAAGAAGAUUAAAUUUACAGCUCCAUGAUUUCUUUUUUUUGCUGAGAUGGCUUGUGGUGGGGCGGGCUGUGGGUUUUGGCGAAGGCACAUUUUUGGACAGAGACUUUUCACGUGACACUUGUGGUUGGAAGUUGGAAGCUUCUCCCGGGGAGGAGCAUUUCGCUGAACGGAUGAUGGAACCACCGGGCCAAGUGGACUGUGGAGAGAGAGAGCCAUGUGACGCGGACCCCCCACAGGCUGCAUGAGGACCACAACGCAAUGAGACAGGCAGGUGAAGAUGAAGGUUGACUUGUGGGUGGUGCUUUGAAGUACGCUGGUAGGAUUGACCCUCCGGACCUUUCCCAAGGGGGCGCAGGUCAUUGCCUUUGGGACUGAUGAAAGAUCUACCUCAGUGUGAUGAUGGACUCUGGGGGCGGCUGCUUGUCUUGUCGUCGGCCCCACCGACUCCAUUUUGGACGCUGUUGCUGAGCUGAAAAUAACUAUCUGAGGAUGCAAGUGAGAACAUACUGUGUUGUUGUGUUUUUUUUGUGCUGCUGUACAAUUUCAGAAAAACUUUUUUUUUAACCUGCCCAGUCUUCUCCAAGUCUCAUGCCCCGCACUGUGGAUCAAAGGGUUACAUUAUCCACUCCAGUCUUAGUUCACUCUAAACAAAUCUUUAAUUCAGUGCUUAAACCCUUAAACAAUCCAGUGCAAAUUUCCCCCACACAGUGUUGUGAAGGUUUGAGGCCUACUUCAAUUGCUCAUACUUCAUUGUAAACUAUACGGCAAUAUUCACCUCACGUCACCUCUUUGGAAAAGAGUUCAAACGUUUUCUCUUAUCGUACCGUACCGGUCGAACCCUUAUCAUGGAAAACAGGUUGAAUCCUGCUCUGAGCUCAUGGAGGAACAAGUCAACUGCUGUCACUGCAGAAUACACUUGUUGACCUUACUGUUAACAUCUGCCUGAAGAAUAUUUAUAUCACGGAAAGAACGUACACCAUUCCCAAGCCGCAGCAUUAAUCAACGUCACAGUGUGCGUAGCUGGCGUUUGGGGGACAAACCACAUUUACCGCACUAAUAAUCCCUUAUUAAGCCUAUUAAAAACACAGUUCCAUCUUAUCCCGACCCUGACAGAAAUAUUGUCUUUGGUUUAAUGCCAGUCAGGAAGCCUUUUUUUUGCUAUCCGCUGUCCACUGUCCACACAUCACUGUCAAUGCGGCUUCAAGGUCUUUACAGCGUUUGAAUAUUUUAACCCCAUCAGCAUGAGAUGACCUCAGGCCUCAGGGGAGCUCGCAGUGGGUUUUGGCCCAUUCAGUCCAUUUUUCCAUUUCAUCAGAAAGUCAUUCACUUAACAUUUUGGCAGCGUGCGGGCACACACACACGCACACACACACACACACACACACACACACACACACACACACACACACACACACACACACACACACACACACACACACACACACACACACACACACACACACACACACACACACACACACACACACACACACAAACGCACAAAAUUGCUCCCUUUCACCAAUGUCACAGCAACACAUUUCAUCCCCAUGUGCCACUCUUCAAAUUGAAUAAUGUAAUAAUAAUGGGCCCUUUAUAGACAGAAUCUUUACCAUCUAUGCUUUUGUGCCCUCCUUUUGAGUGACCUUGGCAAAAUAUGAAAUAGCGAACACCAAGGGUACACUUUCUUAUAGCAACAAAGUAACACAUAUCUUUCAAAGCCUCCCUUUAAAGAAAUGUCAAACUCAACAUGUAAGAAGACAUGUGUGUUCACAUGUUCAAGUUGUUAGAUUUUUUUAACAGUUUGAAUUUGAAAGAAUUUGCCAAGUGGGGAAAGAGUGGAAUUUGCCUAAAAAAAAAUAACAGAAGUGCAAAGUCGACAAAUGUCAUGUAAAUAUUCUAAAGGAAAAAAAUGAGCGUAAUGUGAGUGUGUGUUUUUUUGGAAAUGCAAAAGUGUAUUAAUCCUACUCUACUGAAUAACUUUUUUCUAUUCUUUUGUUUUUCUAAUGACGUAAAAAAAAAAACUGACAGGAGAAGACUGUGAUGAACUCUUAUUGUAAAUGUUGUGUAUUUCCCGAAAGGUUAAGUGUCAUACCUUCGUCAGAAGGUAUCUUAGCAACGCCCCCUCACCACCACCACCACCUCCUCCUACUCCACCACUGCUGCCAUCGCUAGCAAACACGCUAACAAACGGUCUGUCAGAGUGCUCUUAAAGGGCCUGUGUUUGUCAUUGUCUGGCCACAGUUUUAAGAGGCCUUAAAAGGACGAGAAUGUAUACUGAUGUACUUACUGUAUGCUGUGCGAGAGGCUGAAUUGAGUUCAGGCUCUCUUCAACAUGACCAGCAGGUGGCAAACGUGUUUUUUUCUUCAGGAUUCACUCUUCACUGUUUUUUCCGAGGGGUUUAUGCACAACUUUGUAACCCAUACACUUAUUACACAGCUGAACACACAGCACUAGACCUUACAAAAAAAUCUAUGAAAUUUUCACAGAUAAUCGUUUGAAACGUAUAGAACUGUGUGCACUGAUGUGCAAAGUUGGAAACAUGUAGGUUCUUCUCAACAAAGAAUCAAGUGUGUGUUUUUGUUGAUGUGAUAAGGAAUUGUGAAAUUUAAGUGCCAGUCAAAAUGUGUAUGUUACAAUGUUGUGCAUAAACAGCUCGGAAAAACUGUAAAAUAUUAUGUGUGCUGUGAGGUGCCACACCAGGGCCUCCCAUCUGACACUCAGAGGCCUGGCAAACUGUUACACUUAACACUCCCUGUCCAAGAAAAACACAGUCACCUAUUUACACAGGCCAGAGUGGUCGAAAAUGAGCUGGAAUUACCUGUAAAAAAGCAGGCUUUGUUACCUUUAAAAUCCAACAAGAAUUCUCAAGGAAAUCAUUGAGUGACAGCUACAAACGAUCAAAGUAUUUGUUUUGUAAGUGUGUAAUUUAUUUUUUAUGUGUAAAAUAAUUUUACCCAUUAAUGACUGCUCUAAUGAAAGAAUUAAAGUUAGCAUGAUGAAAACAAUGAUCACAAAAUAACUAUUUGUAUAAAGUGUUCCAUCAUAAGGUUUGGGCACUACAAGUAAAUAACUGUAUUAAUACAUUGUUUUUCACCUCUUUUUCUUUAUUGAAGACACAAAAACUGUUUUUAUUUUUCAUUUUUUAAUGAGUCUUGUCAGUUUGGGGCUUGGUGGGUAUGAAAGCAGAGUAAAUUCCCAGUGCCAAGUUGUCUGAUCCAUGAUGGAAUACUGUUGUCUGCAACAUACCACCCCAUCUCUUUUUACACAUUGCCUUUUUUCAGAAUGUCUGGUGUGGGCAAGAAAAGAUGGUUCACGGUUAUAUAUUUUCCUUUUUUGUUGAUGGUACUUGUAAAUAAUAAUGAUUUCUACAGCAGUGUACAUGGGCGACUUAAGAUGGAAGAUCAUACCUGGAGUGUAUGUGUGCGUGUGUGUGCGUGCUCGUGUGGGCUUGUGAUGGUUUUUGGUGCCAUGGUGAUGGAGUGGGAGGGAGUAUCACGAGCCCCUGUUGCUGAUGUAAAUGCUACGUGGCAUUGAUGAGCCUUGUGUGGGAGUGAAGAGAGAGUGAGAGAGAGAGAGAGAGAGAGAGAGAGAGGCUGUUCUCUUCUAUCCUGUCAAUGCAAAUGAAUGAACUUCUUCCUCUUCUCUUAUUCUCAAUGUCUGUCUAGUCAAAUGCUAAUGUGUACAUUUUGUCAAAUCAAGACAUGUCGAGCAGUCCCUUAAAAACGACUGUAUCACAUUUUAAGUGAACUUUCAUUAAAAAAGGGAAAUACUU